UGCCCCUCAUCCUGAACCUCAGGACACUAGCAUUGGCAUUCGCGCUACUCAACCUGAAGAGCCUACAUUUCAUGUGGAUUGUAUGUUUUCUCCAAUUGUUCAGUCCGACAGACGCCCCCUUUGCUGCUCACGUCUUUGGUUCUCUUUCGUCUUUCGUUCAUUUCACCCCAUGACUAACAUAAUGCGCGAAAUCGCAAUCCCGACUGUAGAUCCGUUUCUUCCGCGCCUUUGUCCGCCGCAUGACCGACCCGGCCACGAGCAAGCACCUCUCCCCGCGGUGUCUCUUCCUCCCCGCCAUCAACGCCACGCGUUCCCCCGCCUUGGAAUGCGACCACAACAUGCACAAGUCCAACUCGACCUACUUCACCGACAUGGACAUGAGCCGAAUCAACUUUGGUACCCUCUUCUUCGGCAAGCCCUUCAACCCGUUCCCCGGCCCGACGAAUUUCAACAUUGCCCUGGGCGGUUCGGCGUGCACCUGGCGCAAGGAGAUCAAGCCGUACCAGGCGUACGAGCUGUGGACGCGGAUCAUCUCCUGGGAUGAGAAGUGGCUCUAUGUCGUGACGCAUUUCGUCGAGUCCGGCGUGUUCGUGCCGGAGGAGUACGUCAUGCAGCCGGGAAGGACUAGGAGGAGAAGCGCGAAGAAGGAUGGACAGAAGGAGGACGUGGACAAGCUGAAGACGGUGUACGCGUCGUGUGUUUCACGGUACGUGUUCAAGAACAACAGACGGACACUUCCGCCUGAGGAGGUCUUGCGCCGCGUCGGUUUGCUGCCGCAGGAUGAGACCGAGCUGGCGGCCGUCGAAAAAAUACGACUCGAAGCACUGCCUAUCGGACGCCUCGAGACUGGGUGGGAUUCGGUUCAUUCAGCUUUUGAACCAGGGAAGACUGCCGUGGGGUGGUACAAUAGUGCAUAUUGAGCGACCACGGAUUUUUUUUCUUUUCGCGUCUCAAUCACCUGUAAUUAAAC